GUGCGGCAGCAGGUCGAAGCCGUGUCCCUCGGGCCACAGGUCCGAGAGGGCGAGAUCGUAUUCGGUGUGGCUCACAUCUAUGCCUCCUUCAACGACACCUUCGUGCAUGUCACCGACCUCUCCGGUCGGGAGACCAUCAUGCGUGUGACGGGCGGCAUGAAGGUCAAGGCCGACCGCGAUGAGUCCUCGCCUUACGCAGCGAUGCUGGCGGCACAGGAUGUGGCCGCCCGCUGCAAGGAGUUGGGCAUUGGCGCGCUCCACAUCAAGCUCCGCGCAACCGGCGGCACCAAGACACGCACGCCAGGACCCGGUGCUCAGAGUGCCCUCCGUGCUCUGGCACGCUCCGGGAUGAAGAUCGGUCGCAUCGAGGACGUGACUCCCAUCCCCACCGACUGCACUCGCCGCAAGUGCGGCCGUCGUGGACGCCGUCUGUAA